AUGGAGUACGAUCCCAAGAUCCCAAAGUCGGCGACCAGCGACCCCAAGUCCUUUGCCAGCGACUCCGUCCGCAUGCGAUGGCCCGUCAUCAUCACGAGCGCCGUGGACGACGUAUACAAGACCGUUUCCAGCACAGACGAUGCCGAGAAGCAGGCCGAGGGCAAGAGGAUUAUCGAGCAGCUGGGCAACCUCAAGUACGAGAUGCUGCACGAUCGCAAGCUGACGCCUAUCCCUGAUGAUGGCUUCUCAGAGGAGGUUGCUGCCUACAACAAGGAGCUGGAGCAGCUGGGCACUCCCUCCUGGUUCCAGGUCCCUUGGCUCUUUGCCGAGUGCUACAUGUACCGUCGCAUCUCCAGCUUCUUCAGAAUGACAGAGAAGUGGAGGAGCUAUGACAUCUUUGCCCGCCAAAAGACCGACACAUUCCGAAGCUCUCGCAGUGCCGUCGUCGAGCUCGCCGCCAGAUACGUAGACAUCAUCUCAAAGAUCCGCGCCGACAAGAACGCCGCCCACGACGCCGAGGCCGAGAAGAUCCUCUUCAUCGAAAUGUGCGAGGUCUGCUUGUGGGGCAACGCCACCGACUUGUCGCUCCUCACCAACAUGACCUACGACGACAUCCAAAAGCUGCAGGGCAGCGAGGCGAGAAAGGCUGCCGAGAAGAACAUACUCGUCAACAACCUCCCCGAGACCUAUAAUUUGCUCAAGAAGGCCCGGGCGGAGGGCAAGAAGGAGCGCCGCGUGGACUUUGUUCUCGACAAUGCCGGUUUCGAGCUCUACGUCGACCUGGUCCUGGCCGGCUUUCUUCUCAACACAGGCCUGGCUACCCACGUUGUGCUUCGGCCCAAGUCCAUCCCUUGGUUCGUCUCUGACGUUCUCCCCGCCGACUUUGCUGCCCUGCUCAGCGCCCUCGCCGACCCUAAGCGAUUCUUCGAAGCCCCGACGGAGGAAGAAAAGGUCGCCGACAGGACGCCUCCUCCUCUGUCAGAGAAGGAGGUGGAGAAUCUGCGUUCUGUCUUCCACGACUGGGCGGGUAUGCACGGCGAAGGCCAGAUGAGUAUCCGACCCAACAGAUAUUGGACCGCGGCUGGCUCUUUCUGGCGACUUCCUCACGAGGCCCCCGAGCUGUACGAGGAUCUGAAGGAAGCUGAGCUCGUCAUCUUCAAGGGUGACUUGAACUACCGGAAACUCGUUGCUGAUGCUUGGUGGGAUCCAACCACACCUUUCCAAGAAGCUAUUGGUCCUAUGGGUGCCGGCUCCGGUGUCAAUGUCCUGGCGCUCCGGACCUGCAAAGCCGAUGUUGUUGUCGAUCUUCCUCCUGGUAAGGAUGAGGAGCUGAGGGCUCUCGAGGGCGGCGGCGGCGAUACCGGGGCCAGGAAGUGGGCGUGGGGUGGCAAGUGGGCGGUCGUGUCUUUGUCUCAGGGCAAAUGA